AUGCUCUCCACUGGUAUCGGUGACCAGAUGGCCCAGGCCCUGGAUAGCAUCCACGAGAGCGACCACGAGGUCCGGCUGUCUUCGCUGAAGACCCAGGGGAUGCUGGGCGCAGGAGCGUUCGGGAAGGUCAUCAAGGUGCUGGACGCCAGGACGGCAGAGGUCUACGCCAUGAAGCUGCAGAAGAGAAACAUGACGACCAAGUUCGCCGUCCGGGAGGCUCAGGCCAUGGAGUACUCGCACGCGUUCAUCGUCCGCAUCGUCCACAUCUUCCAGACCAGGACGUUCUAUGGCAUUCUCAUGGAGUGCUGCGAGAGGAAUCUGAACAAGUGCAUCCUCGACUAUGCGGACAGCAGCGGCUACGCCCACGGGCUGCCGGACGCGAAGACCGCCAGGUACACCGCGUGCGUGGCCCUCGCCCUGGACAGCCUCCACGGCAGGAGGAUCGUCUUCCGGGACCUGAAGCCCGAGAACAUCCUAGUCUCCUCGCACGAGAAGGACGGCAGCCCGCCGUACCAGCUGGACGCCGGGCCCAUGGAGCCGAUCGCCACGGACUUCCCGAAGGCGUCGCCGGUGUCCGGCACGCUGUCCUUCAUGCCGGAGGAGGUGUGGAGGGAGGCCGAGCUGGAGGAGGAGGACGAGAGCACCGACGUGAGGAAGACGCGCCUGGAGGCGAGGGACUGGUACGCGCUCGGGUGCUGCAUGGUCGCCCGGCUCGUGCUGCUCGGCGAGCGGGGCAACCGGAGGAUCACCAGCGACGGGCGGGACGUGCUGCUGCCCCCGCCCACCCGGCAGGAGCUGUGGGUCACGCUGCGCGGCGCGGCCAGGGAGUGCUCCAUAGACGAGGACGCCUUCAUGCUGGUGUCGUCGCUGACGGCGGCGUGGCAGGAGCGAGGGCGGAUGGAGGACGUGCGCCGCAGCCCGUUCAUGGAGGCGGCCAUGCGGGAGAUGGCGGAGAUCGCGAACGAGGGCGAGGAGCACGCGAGGCGGCAGGAGGAGAUGGCGAUGUUCGGCACCCUGCCGACGGCCACCGCGGGCGGCGAGUCCGCCGCGACCGCGCUGGACGCCCCCCCGCUGGGCUUCGACUUCUCCUGA